AUGGAAAAUAUGCAAAUAACAGAGGAUUUUACAAAAGAAAAGAUACAAACUAUGUUGAAUUCGCGUUCACAACUACAAGAUUAUGUGCUACAAAAUAGCAAGCGAGGUGAUAUUCAGAAUAUUAUUGAUACAAUCGAUAAAUUUGGUUGGACAAAGCAAUGGUUAAUGAAUAUUGGUGAUCAAAAAGGAAAAAUUCUUGAUGAAGCUAUUCAAACAAGAAAACCAAAAACUGUUCUUGAACUUGGUACUUUUCUCGGUUAUAGUGCAUUGAGAAUGAUUAGUCUAUUGCCUAAAGAUGCUUUGCUUAUUUCCAUUGAGAGCAAUACUGAAUCAGCUGAAAUUGCUCGUUCUAUUUUCGAAUAUGCUGGUGUUACUGAUCGUAUAAAAACAAUUGUUGAUGAUACAAAUAAUGUCAUUCCUCACUUAAAUAAGGAUUUCAAUGUUGAUUCAUUUGAUUUAAUAUUUAUUGAUCAUUUCAAAGAUGUAUAUUUACGUGAUUUUAAAAUGCUUGAAGAUGUUGGUUUAAUUAAAUCUGGCACAAUGAUUGUUGCUGAUAAUGUUAUCUGUCCAGGUGCACCUGAUUAUUUAGAAUAUGUUCAAAAUAAUCCUAACUAUUCAACAACACUACGUGAAAGUACACUAGAAUAUGACGAUAAAUUACGUGAUGCAGUUGCAAUAUCUGUUCGAAAAUAA